GAAAUGGCCACCGGCCAAGAUCUCCUCCGUCGAUCCCACCCCGCCGCUGACGAGGACCCCGACCGCCUCCUCGCCGCCGCCGGCGAGGCCGAGAAGCCCCGCCGGGCGAAGCGCGUCGCCUCGCUCGACAUUUUCCGAGGCCUCACCGUCGCGAUGAUGAUCUUGGUGGACGGAGCGGGGGGCGAGUGGCCGGUGAUCGGACAUGCACCGUGGAAUGGCUGCAACCUCGCCGAUUUCGUGAUGCCCUUCUUUCUCUUCAUCGUGGGGAUGGCCAUUCCCCUCUCUCUCAAGAGGAUACCGAACCGACUUCUUGCUGUGAGGAGAGUGGUGGUCAGGACGCUCAAGCUGCUGUUUUGGGGCAUCAUCUUGCAAGGUGGGUGA